AUGGCAUCCGAAAUCUACGACUAAUUAGUAACAGUUUUUACAAAUACAGAUAAUAAAAUCAGAAAUGAAACAGAGAAACAAUUAGUGACUAAUUUAAUAGAUAACAUAUAGAAUUUUUAAUAAAUUGCUAAAGUAGCUAUGUAAUAAGACAAAAUGUAAGAGCAGGCAGCCAGUUUAUUGAAUUCAGUUGUGCUGAAGAUGCUAACAAAUAACAUUUAAUUGACUAUUCAUCACGCAAAUUCAAUCCUAGGAGUUCUGAUUUCUCAAUACACACCCUUAAAAUGUAAGUAAUCCUUAGUAAAGUGUAUGAGUUUAAUAGUGAGGAAAGAUAAAAGUGUAAAGACUGAAAUUGAAAAUAAAAUGAAGGAAUUUUUACGCCAAGAUCAACAUUGGCAAUUUUAAACAGGAAUCAUAUUUUUUAAGAUCCUACUGGACUCUUUGGAAUUACAAACCUAUAGUUCAAUCGUCUAAACCGGUUAUGAAUGGGUAAGUGAGUUUUUCAAUCAAGCUGCAUAUAUCAUGACUAAAUUAACGGAAUAGCCAAAAGAACUACCGGAUGAUUUCAUCACAACUAUCAGAAUCUAUACAUAGGUUGUAUCAGAUUUAUGUGAAAAAGUGUUUGACAAAAAUAAUAGUUAAAAAGAACAAACUUAACCAAUACAAAACAUUCUGUUCCAAUUGAAUUCUUUCUCAGGAGUUCUGAUGAUUUUAUUAUCUUAUUCUCCAUAAACUGGUAAACAGAUUCAAAAUUGUUCCAUUAUUAAUACGGGAAAUGAUCACUUUGACGCUCAAUUAAAUGAAAUUAAAUGUUAAGUUUUCAAAAUCUAUUUCUUAUGUCUAUAAGUAUUAUUGAACAGCCGAAAUAAGAAUGAAGUGAAAAAAGGAGCCUUUGGACCUUAUCUAACAACUAUAACAUAAUUGCUGAUCUAUAGCUUGUUGGCAUAUACCAACAGUGAAUCCAUUCAUUAAAUAUACAAUAAACCCUAUUUGACAAGCAUAAUGACCUACAUAAUGAAAUUAUUGGCUAAUUUAGGGUCUUAGACUGAACAAUAUCAAAUCUUCUCUGAUUCCAAAAUAGCCUUAAUAACAGAUGCAAUAUACCCAUUUUUGAUAACAUCAUAGAAGGAAUAUUAAUAAAUGAAAGAAUAACCAGAAGAGUUUGUUAAUUUAGCCUUGGAUUCAGUAGAUAAAUAGGAAUCUGAUGUUCCAAAAACAGCAGCAGCAUCCUUAUUAGAAACCUUGUGUGAUCAUAUAGAUGGAUCAACUACAUUUUUAGCAAAUCUGGCAGUCAUUAUAUCAUAACAUUCCAUCAAUAUGAUAUCGAGUAACCCAGUUUAAUUGAAGGAAUAACAAUUGACUUUUGUAAUGGCAUUACAAGAUAAGAAAUUGUUCAAAGAGUAUACUCCAAUUGAUAGGAUUGAAAGUAGUUUAGUAAUAUUGACAAUUAUGAGUUAUUUGAUAUAGAAAAGAUUGGAUAUAGUUUAGUUGAUGGAAUAACUUCUAACUGAUAAUUUAUUAUACUUUUAGAACGUUUAAGAAUAAAUAAUCAAAUUAAGACUCUCCUUAUUCUUUGGAUAUUAUUGUGACAACUUAUUCAAAAAGGAAACUUAAUCUUAAAAUAUGAAUGCUUAUUUAUAAAUAAUGAUCAGUUUUGUAUAACCACAAGAACCUGUAGUACUUUAUUAAUCAAUUGAUGCAUUAAAAGACAUAUUUGAAGAUGAUGAUCUCAAAAACAAAACCAAAGAUUUGGUAUUAUUACUAUUCCCCUCAUUAUGCAAUGGACUCCAAUAUAGUACAUAUGAAAGACACUUUGAAACAAUAACCAAUUUACUAAAAAAGUAUCCAAAUCAGUUCUUGUAAAAUGAUAACCUAUUAGUUGGAUUGAUCUAAGUGUUGAAUCAGAGAGUCAUAACUGAAUAGUAGAAAAUAAACUCAGGUGAUCAAUAAAGACAUAUCUAUUUAAACAGAUGUUGGAAUGUUCUUAGGCAAUUGGCUGAACAAGAUGAAUUCACUGGCAUCCUAGGAAAAUUAGAGUAGCAUUUAGCAUAAUUGUAUUCAAUGUUAGCCUUUUGUGAUAAAAUAGAUUACGAUGAAGAUCUAGUGCUCUUCAUUUCAGGAUGCAUCUCUAAAUUAUCAGUUGUAACAGAAUUGUAGAUGCAAAUCUUGCCAUAUUUCUAGAAUAUCAUUAAAAAAUAAUAGGGAAGAUUGUGCAAUCUCUUUGAAACACUCAAUCAAUACAUGCAUUUCGGAAGAAACUAUUUUUUGAAUGAAGCCUAAUAGUCCAUUUACUUUUAAUUGGCAUUCUAGAAUCUUCAAAAUGAAGAUCUCCAUGGUGACAUUGAAUAAGGAGAAGGAGCAUUGUUAAUUCAAUUAGGAAUCCAAGAAUUACAUGAUGAUCUUAAAACUAAUAUCCUUUCCCAAAUACUAUUCCAAACUAUCUAACUCCUUUAAAAGCAAGAUAUCAAUGAACACUUAAAGUCUAGAAUAACUGGUAUCAUUUUAAGUUCUCUAUAUAAAAUACCCGAAAAAACCUAUGAAGUAUUAACUGAAUUUUUCCAAGCAGUUUAUAAUAGAAUUUUGGAAACACAUUAUUCCCCAGGCUACGAUAUCAAACUAUUUAUUAUUACAAUGUCCUCUUUGAUUAUGAAAUAACCUAAUCUCCUAACACCCAAUUUGCUGACUAUCAUGGUCAACAAUUUAAUAGCUUAAGAGAAAUAUGAGAAAGACUAUAAAUAUAAAUAAAAUGAUUACAUGGAUGAUGAAUUAGAUGAUGAAGAUGACAGCGAUUUCAAUGAUGAAGAAGAAAUCUAACAAGCUUAACAAUAAACUGAAUAAUUCUUAAGUUCUAUCGUCAAAUUAGAUGAAUAUUCAAUAUUCAAAUAGACCCUCCUUAGCAUAAAAAAUUAGUAUAUCUAUUAUACUCAUUCUUUAGAUUCCCAUAAGCAAUUGAUUAAUUGA